AUGACGAAACGCAAACCUACUCCGUACGAGCAACGCGGUUGCAGCCAACCUGCUUCCUCUAGGAUGCGAACGUCCAGUCCACCCACUACCUUUAGGCCUCGCACGCCCAGUCCGCCUAUUGCUCGCACAGACAGUGCAUUCGAGUUCCACGCCCCGCUCUCACCUGGGCUUCACACGCCCCCCUCACCUCGAGAAACAACCGAGCAGCACCCCCUCUGCACGCGACCCCACUGCUCCCACCCAUCAGCACCUCUCGCCCCAAACUCCGCGGUGCAGAGAGUCAACCGCAACACCACCGACCCACGCACCAACAACGAUCAAAACGCCAAACACGCGCGUUUUUGGACCGACACGGUGUUCGACCAAGACCCCUCGGACGUCCUGCUGCUGCUCGCGGCGCUCGAGCUGCUUUCUUUGCUACCAGGGGCCGUGCGCUGGGUUGCCCGGUUGCCGUGGGCGUGGUGGGCGGUGUGGGUGCUGAAGGCGCUGUGGGCUGUUGGCAGGGCCAUGCCGGCGUUGACGGCGGUGGGUUUGUGUUUUGCUGUUUUGAUGGUGGCGGUCGGUUCUGGGGUGGGUAUACUUUUUGUGCUGUGGGCUGUGGUCGUGGGGAGGGGGGGUUGUGUGGGGAGCAAGUAG